AUGAAACAACAAGAAUACAAAUGGAAUGAAAAAUUAUGGAAACCUAUUGUUAGACCUCCAAGACAUUGUUAUCAUCUUAAAGAUCUUGGGAAUGAACUCUUUAAAGUUAAAGAAACAAUAGCAAAAAGAACAGAUUUUGAAAUACAUAAUAAUAGAAAUUAGAAAUUAUAAUGUAGGUGAGAUUCAAACUAUAAUAAGUUUGUUUGAGCCUUUAAGAAUGUAAGGAAAUCCUCAUCCUUGUAUGAUAUAUCUGCAUGGUAAUUCAAGCAGUAGAAUUGAAUCAUUUACAAUUAUUGAAUAUUUAAUUCCAGCAAACAUUUCAGUUUGUGGUAUUGAUUUGUCUGGUAUUUUGAAUUAAGUAAAUAAGGUUCUGGAUUAUCGGAAGGAGAAUAUAUAUCCUUGGGCUUUCAUGAGUCUAAUGAUGUCAUAUGUUUAUAUGAUUACUUAAGAGAAAACAAAGUAAUCAUUUAAUAGAAUAUAAGUUACAUAGAGUGAUAUUACAUCUAUUGGAUUAUGGGGUCGAUCAAUGGGUUCUGUGACAGCCAUCUUAGCAGCUCAUAAUAAUAAUGAUAUUAAAGUUUUAGUUUGUGAUAGCCCAUUCUCAAAUUUAACUUUAUUAUGCUAAGAAUUAGCAAAAGUGAAUUACAAAAUUCCAAAUUGUUGUUUUAAUUGUUUUUGGUGUUAUGUAAAAUCUAAAAUUCAUUAAGAAGUUAAAUUUAAUAUUGAUGAAUUGAAUAUAGUAUAAAUAAUACAAGGUAAUAAUUAAAUAAUUAUAAGUAUUACCUUAGGAUGUUCAAAUAUUAUUUUUGUCUGCUUAAUAGGAUGAAUUGAUAAGAGAAAGUCAUCCUAAAUUGCUAAUGAAAUAAUUUCGUGGAAAAAAUAAAGAAUUGUUUAGUUUUGAUGGAACUCAUAAUUCCAAAAGACCAACAAAAAUAAUGGAAGAGUCAGUUUCUUUUGUAUUAAAGGCUUUUGGAUAAAAUGCAUGGACUGAACUUAAUACUAAAUAACCAACAAAAAAUUAAUAAAAUUAACUAUCUAAAUAAAUUCCUUUAUUAAGGGGAGAUAGAAGAAGUGUGCAACCCUAAGAUGAAAGAGAUGAUUAUUAAUGA